UAGGGGGGUUGGGCUCAAUGAUGCAGUUAGCAGAACGAUGCUUCCCUUCCAGCACAAGCCUGCCCAAGACUUUCUACAGCUUGUCCUCCUCUCCAGAAAGCCAGAGCCCGGCAUCCUCACAGCUCGACUUUGCGGACAGCGAGCGAGGCGACGCCAUCCAGGAGAGCAGUGACAUCCACAAGAAGUUCACCGGCGCCACCAUGCUCACCGAAAACGAGAGCCACAGUUUCACCGCUUCCAAAGGGGCGGCGGCGGUCGAUCGGGGCAAAACGUCCCCGGCGGCGGCAGACGAGGACUUGGCAGAAGUUCGCUACAGUUUGGACAGCCUCGGAGCCGAGAGGUAUUUCCUGUCGCCCGUCGCCCCGCAGAACCUGAGCCCCAGCCACCAUCAGCCGCAGCCUCAGCAGCAAGUCGCGGGCAACCCAGGCGCCCUCCUGCCUUACCCGGCUCAGCACCCCUCGGCUUUCCCCGUGAACGGUGCGAGCAGAUACCUGAGUCCUCAUUCCGUGCUGAGCAACAGCGCUUACAAUCCCAUCUUAACUCCGGCCGGAGCUCAGGCUUUAGCCCCUUCGGCUUAUCCAACUUACCCCGGAUCAGGGCGCUCCCAGUAUGGACAUGGUUACCAGAAUGGACCGCUCUAUCCCCAAUUCCAACCGAGCAUCCCACAUCCGACCCGGGCACAGGUCUACCUCUGCAAUCGAGCACUUUGGCUGAAAUUUCACCGGCACCAGACCGAGAUGAUAAUCACCAAACAGGGCAGGCGCAUGUUCCCCUUCCUGAGUUUCAACAUUUCUGCUCUAAACCCGACCGCUCAUUACAACGUGUUUGUGGAGGUCGUGCUGUCCGAUCCCAAUCACUGGCGAUUUCAGGGAGGAAAAUGGGUGACUUGCGGAAAAGCUGACAACAACAUUCAAGGUAACAGAUCUUAUGUCCACCCUGAGUCUCCAAACACUGGAGCUCACUGGAUGAGACAAGAGAUUUCCUUUGGGAAACUUAAACUGACUAACAACAAGGGUGCAACCAAUAACAACACUCAGAUGGUGGUAUUGCAGUCCUUGCACAAAUACCAACCACGCCUUCAUAUAGUGGAGGUGAAUGAAGAUGGUGUGGAGGAUAUAAGUGAUUCUACAAAAACACAAACAUAUACAUUCCCAGAAUCGCAGUUCAUUGCCGUGACUGCCUACCAGAACACUGACAUUACACAGCUCAAGAUUGAUCACAAUCCUUUUGCCAAAGGUUUCAGAGACAACUAUGAUUCUAUGUUCACUGCACCAGAGAAUGACCGAUUGACCCCUUCUCCCACGGACUCACCCCGAUCCCAUCAGAUAGUGCCUGGGGCCCGUUACACCGUUCAGCCUUUCUUCCAGGAUCAGUUUGCCAACAGCAUGCCAUCAGCCCGGUUCUACAAUGGUGAACGAGCAGUGCCCCAAACAAGUGGCAUCUUGUCCCCCCAACAGACCGAGGAGUCCAGCAACCCUCCCCAGAGGUGGUUUGUCACCUCUGUACAACAGCCUGGCACCAACAGGUUGGACUUUACCUCUUACGAUGCAGAUUAUGCUGCCAAUGCCUUGCUGCCCUAUGGUCUCAAACCUCUACCCAUCCAGUCUGCUCAUUCUCUGAGCUAUUAUCCCGACCCAGCAUUUGGCUGGGGAUCCCGGAGUUCCCAGUACCAGAGAAAGCUAGCCUCUGGGCUAACAUGGUCCUCCAGAACAAGCCCAUCAGCAUUCCCAGAAGAUCAAGUGUUGUCCACUGAGGAAAAGUCAAGGGAAGAAGCCAACUCACCUUGGAUUGAAACCCCUCCAUCCAUCAAAUCCAUGGAUUCAGACUCUGGACUCUAUGAAAAUGCCUGCAAGAGAAGAAGGGUCUCAGCUGGCAACUCGAGCAGUGAAAGCUCCCCAACAAUCAAAUGUGAGACAAUUACUUCUAAAGAAUAUAGUAAGGAUGGUGCAAAAGCAAUGGGCUAUUAUACUUUCUACACCAGCCCUUAAAAAAGUAUUCCUGUGAAGUUCGCCUGUAUAUAUCCAAUCCAUUCGCCAAGUGUCGAUGGUCUAAUGAGUGCCAAAAAGACUGAAAUUUCCUUCCACCUUAAGAACUGAUCUUGUACAGUCUACUAGUGCAAUCAAAUUUUUAAGAAGGUGCCAAAGCUUUCUGAUGCUGUAAGCAACAAGAUGGAGAUAUUCUAGCUAAGCCUGUCUACAAUGUGAUGUCCCAUAAUAUAUAGUAUUAAUUUUAGAAGGAAUUUCUUGGGGGGAGGGGCUUAAAUACAAAAUUGACUUUUACCAUAUGUGGUUUUAUUUAUUUGACAAUACAAUUAUGUACAAUUCCUGUUCUGUAUAGUCUACUGUAGAAUGGGUGCAGUAUGGUGUAAAAGAAAAUGACAGUGUUAGUUCAAUGAAUAAAACCCAGUCCUUUCCAAUUCCAUCAACAUGUACAGAUUAAGCAAAAACGACAUUUUCAAGCAUUAAAUUUUUCAAAAGCAAUAAAAUGUGACUGGAUCAGACUGCAAAUUUCAACUUUCCAAAGGAGGCUGUGAGGAAGGAGCUAAUGUAUUUGUGGAGUCUUGAUAAAUGCAUAGCUAAUGCACUUAGAGUUCUGAUCAUUUUUUAUGUCAUUCACAUUUACAGGAUUAGAAUAGUGAAAUACUUCAAACUAGUUAUGCAAAUUAGUUGGCAAAUUAGUUAUGUGUUUAUCAGGCUUCAGGUGGCCAUUUGAUUGUAAUUUUGGAAAUUAAAAUCUCACAUAAAUUAAAUGCUUCUUAAACUAAUG